AUGUUUCGAUUAAAUGUUAUUAAGCGCAUUAUUGGUACUGGUGUAAAUUCAUACAGAGUUCCACAAACUGUACAAUCUGUUAAUGUAAAGAAUUUUAGUGACGAAGUAGAGAGAUCUAAGUCAGCAGUUCAUGAUAAAUAUAAACCAACAAUAUUUACUAAGAUAAUAGAUAAAACAAUACCAGCUGAUAUUCUAUAUGAAGAUAAACAGUGUAUGGCAUUUAGUGAUGUUAACCCAACAGCUCCAGUACACUUCCUUGUUAUACCUAGAAAACCUUUAACUGGAAUCAGUGAUGCUCAAUAUGAAGAUCAAGAGCUGUUAGGACAUCUUCUAUUGGUGGCAAAGAAGCUAGCAGAAGAUAAAAAGUUAGACAAAGGAUAUAGAAUAGUUAUAAACAAUGGUGUAGAAGGUUCCCAAUCUGUAUAUCAUUUACAUAUACAUGUUAUUGGAGGUCGACAGAUGAACUGGCCACCUGGUUGAUCAAAGGAUGCUACAAACAUCUUAGUGAUUCCUUAUGUUUCAUUAUUAUGCAAUAUUUUGAUAUAAAUGAAUAAUAAAAUUAUGAAACAUUAAUUUGAAAAAGAUAUUAAGAAAAGAUAAAUAGUAACAGUUUUCGUGUUCAUUCUUAAAAUUGAAUUUCAAAUUUUAAUAAAAGUACAGAUAUGCAAGUUAUAAAAGACUCAAUUUAGAAUACAUGUGACUGUGUACAUGUAUAUCUCCAUUAACUUAGUUCAUUGCUUUUACAAGAU